AUGAAGCCGAGACACCCUCAACCCCUUUGGCAAUAGCUUUUGUCCUUCCUUGACCUCUGCAACAGGACUUGGUACAGGGCGUCCCCCCCCCGGCACCCGGGGCCGGGCUGGGGUGCAGCCUGGGGCUCCCCCUACGGCAGGGACCAGUGGGAAGCAGCGGGCAGCCGGGUGAGCCAGGAGCUGCGCUACACCAAGGAGAAGCUGGGCGAGGAGUCCGUCUACACCUCCCAGAUGCUGAUCCAGACCCCGAAGAGGGAUGGGGAGAACAUCCUGACGCAGGAGGCCCUGCAGCUCCACCUCGAGGCGGCCCUGGCCGCCAGCAAGGUCCAGGUCUCGCUGUACGGAAAAUCGUGGGAUUUGAACAAGAUCUGCUACAAGUCGGGUGUCCCCAUCAUCGAGAACGGCAUGAUCGAGAGGAUGAUAGAGAAGCUGUUCCCCUGCGUGAUCCUGACGCCGCUGGACUGCUUCUGGGAAGGAGCCAAGCUGCAGGGAGGCUCAGCCUACCUCCCGGGCCGCCCAGACAUCCAGUGGAGCAACCUGGACCCUCUGCAGCUGAUGGAGGAACUGGGGCAGUUUACAUCCCUGGAAGGCUUCAAAGAGCUGCUGGACAAGGCAGAGGUGGGGCAGGCUUACAUGGAGCGGCCCUGCCUGGAUCCCCGGGACCCCCAGUGCCCCCCCAGUGCUCCCAAUAAGCAGAGCCAGCAGAGCCCCGACCUCCCAGGGGGGUCCUGCCACGGCUUCUCCAGGAAGUUCAUGCGCUGGCAGGAAGAGCUGAUUUUAGGUGGCACGACCAAAGACUCCAAGGGCAAGCUGCUACGCGCCGAGGCCCUGCAGACCAUGUUCCUCCUCAUGAGCCCCCGGCAGCUCUUUGAACACUUCAAGGAUGACUACGAGAUCCACGACAUCAGCUGGAGCGAGGAGAAGGCAGGCGCCAUCCUGGAGGCCUGGCAGAGGAAAUUCGUGGAGCUGGCACAGGACUCCAUCCCGCCCAACGCCACGCAGAGCGUCCAUGCUUUCUCCACCACCACGCUCAACGACAUCAUGAAGUCCUUCUCCGACGUCAGCGUCAUCCGGGUGGCUGGGGGCUACCUCCUCAUGCUGGCCUACGCCUGUGUCACCAUGCUGCGGUGGGACUGCUCCAAGUCCCAAGGGGCCGUAGGCCUGGCCGGGGUCCUGCUUGUGGCUCUCUCCGUGGCCUCUGGCCUGGGGCUUUGUUCACUGCUGGGCAUCUCCUUCAAUGCAGCUACCACCCAGGUCCUGCCCUUCCUGGCCCUUGGCAUCGGUGUGGAUGACAUGUUCCUCUUGGCUCACGCCUUCACCGAGACCAGCCAGCACAUCCCCUUCAAGGAGCGGACGGGCGAGUGCCUGAAGCGCACGGGGACCAGCGUGGCUCUCACCUCUGUCAGCAACAUGAUCGCCUUCUUCAUGGCAGCCCUGGUACCCAUCCCUGCCCUGCGUGCCUUCUCCCUCCAGGCUGCGGUGGUUGUGGUGUUCAACUUCGCCAUGGUGCUAUUCGUCUUCCCUGCCAUCCUGAGCCUGGACCUGCACCGCCGGGAGAAACGCCGGCUCGACAUCCUCUGCUGCUUCUACAGCCCUUGCUCCUCACGCGUCAUCCAGAUCCAACCACAGGAGCUUGCUGAUGCCAACGACAACCACGCCUGCCACCCAUCCCCUUACGGGCACCCUGGCAUGGCCACCAGCACCCAGAUCACCACCACCGUGCAAGCCUUCACCCGGUGUGACCCCUCAGGCCACCACGUUGUCACCGUCCUGCCGCCCACCUCCCAAGUGUGCACCUCGCCUGCCAUCCUCCUGCCCCCCACCGACCCCCUGGGCUCACAGGUCUUUGCCCCGUCCAGCUCCACCCGGGACCUGCUGGCCCAGCUGGACGAGGCCAAGGGCGGGCGGGAGUGUGUCCCCCUGCCCUUCUGCCGCUGGAGCCUCGCUGACUUUGCCCGGGUGCGACACCCCCCGCUGUCCCCGCAGGCGGUGGUGGCAGUGCUGUUCGUGGCACUGCUGGGGCUGAGCCUCUACGGCACCACCAUGGUGCAUGACGGGCUCUACCUGACGGACAUCGUGCCGCGGGACACCAAGGCGCACGCCUUCAUCUCGGCCCAGUUCAAGUACUUCUCCUUCUACAACAUGUUCAUCAUCACCAAGGGCGGCUUCCACUACCCGGGUGCCCAGGCUGCCCUGCUCAGCCUGCACCAGGCCUUCAGCACCGUCAAGUACGUGGUGCGGGAGGGCAACCGUGACCUGCCCAAGAUGUGGCUCCACUACUUUCAGGACUGGCUGCGAGGGCUCCAGGCCACCUUUGACAGGGACUGGCAAGCUGGGCGCAUCACCCACGACAGCUACCGCAAUGGCUCCGAGGACGGGGCACUGGCGUACAAGCUCCUCAUCCAGACCGGCAACAAGAAGGAGCCCUUCAACUUCAACCAGCCCCAGCCGCUGGAGUUCGCCCAGUUCCCCUUCUACCUGAGCGGGCUGCGUCGCACAGCCGACUUUGUGGAGGCGAUUGAGAGCGUGCGGGCCAUCUGCCGGGAGGCCGCCCAGCGCCACGGGGUGCUGAGCUACCCCAGCGGCUACCCCUUCCUCUUCUGGGAGCAGUACAUUGGCCUGCGCCACUGGUUCCUGCUGGCCAUCAGCAUCCUGCUGGCCUGCACCUUCCUCGUCUGCGCCCUGCUGCUGCUCAACCCCUGGACGGCCGGCAUCAUCGUCUCCAUCCUGGCCAUGAUGGCGGUGGAGCUGUUUGGCAUCAUGGGGCUGAUGGGCAUCAAGCUGAGUGCCAUCCCUGUGGUCAUCCUCAUUGCCUCGGUGGGCAUCGGCGUGGAGUUCACCGUCCACGUGGCCCUGGGCUUCCUGACAGCGGCGGGGAGCAGGAACGUGCGCUCGGCCGCAGCACUGGAGCAUACCUUCGCCCCUGUGAUGGACGGUGCUGUCUCCACCCUCCUGGGCGUCCUCAUGUUGGCCAGCUCUGAGUUUGACUUCAUCAUGAGGUACUUCUUUGCGGUGCUCACCAUCCUGACGCUGCUGGGGCUGCUCAACGGGCUGGUGCUGCUGCCAGUCCUGCUCUCUGUCAUCGGGCCACCCCCCGAGGCAUCCCUGCUGGAUAACGGCCCCCGCCUGCCCCAACCGGAGCCGGUGCCCCCAUGCCUGGGCCCCGGGGGGCUGGAUGUCCGGAUGUGA